AUGCCCAAUAAUAAUAUUCAUUUUUUAGAAUCAAGAACUCUGAAGCGUGUCAACAAUGAUCAUGAAGGAUCUCCCAUAGCCAGGGCCAGAAAUUCUGUGAAACGGCGUAGAAUCAUCGUUUCGUCGGAUGAAGAAGAUGAGGGCGAGAAUGUCUUGGCUGUGAGGACUCCCCCUUCGUCACUGAAGAACGCGCCCUCUACUCCAUCAUCGACAGCACCAGAGAUUUCUACGCCGAAGACUGUGAGAGGACUACGACCGUUAAAACCGUGCACGACCCCAUUAUCAACUGCUGCGGCUGAAUCCUUCAUUGACUCUUUCUGUGUCGGCGAAGAUGACUUGAACGCAUCCACCGCAUCAGUCGACACUUUGGAUCGUACCAUAUACCAGGUUGACGUGAACGAUCGCAAACCCAAAAAAGAAGAUUUGACAGGGGAUGAAAGCGGGAAGUUCGUUCAUGAAACUCUCGCAUUUUUAAAGCCAGAGAAAAUUCGCGAUGCGCAAGGUCAUCGUCCGGACGACGAUGACUAUGACCCGACGACGCUCUUUGUUCCUGCUCAAUUUCUGAAGGAACAAACAGAAGCUCACGUUCAAUGGUGGAACUUCAAGAGCAAAAAUUUUGACACUCUGCUAUUUUUCAAAGUUGGAAAAUUUUACGAAACAUUCCAUAUGGAUGCUGUAAUAGCCGUCGAAUGUUUAGGGCUCACAUUCAUGCGGGGCGCCUAUGCUCAUGCAGGUUUUCCUGAGGCCGCCUAUGGUAAAUUCGCCGAUCAGUUGGUGUCCCGCGGAUACAAGGUCGCACGCGUAGAACAGACCGAAACACCGCAGCAGUUGGAAGAACGCAAUCAAAAGGCGCGCGGAGCGAAGGAGAAAGUGGUUCGUCGUGAAAUAUGUCGAGUCACGACAAGUGGAACUCGUACGUAUGCAGUGAUUGAUGGGUGCAACUUAUUUGGAGGAGAAACUGAUAAUGGAGAAACGCAGUCCAAAUACUUAUUCAGCAUCAAAGAAAUGGUGUGUGAUCAACGGUCCACUUAUGGUAUCUGUUUUGUGGAUACUUCAGUGGGGAAGUUCUUUGUUGGUGAAUUUUGUGACGAUGAUUACAAUUCUUUCUUGCGUACUAUCAUUGCUAAUUUUACUCCAGUACAGGUUUUGUUCGAACGAGGACACUUGUCUCCUCAGUGCAAGACUAUACUGAAUGGUGUUUUGAGUUCUGUUCAGAAAGAACCACUGAUACCAAAGAAACAGUUCUAUGACGCUGAGGAAACUUUGAAGAUUUUAUCUGAUGAUAAAUACCUUGGAGUUAAUUUCUCCACUUGGCCUGAUGCGCUACGUAAAAUGCUGGAUCCUGACUCAGUCAUUGCGAGACCAAAUGCGAAUUCUUAUCUGGCCCUUAGUGCACUUGGAGCUGUCCUUUAUUAUCUGCAACGGUGCUUGAUAGACGUCGACAUGGUGACAAUGCAGGAUUUUUCAAUACUUGAACCAAUGGAACAGAGACCGAUUUCGAAAUCCUCACAAGGAAGUGUUUGGGCGAAUCGGCAGAUGAUUCUGGAUGGUAUCACAUUGGAGAAUCUCAACCUCGUUCCUGGUGACAAUCGUGAUUCGCAAGCGGCUUCUCUUUCUCUUUAUAGCACUGUGAACAAGUGCCAGACUGCAUUUGAUUCGUUGAAAAAGUUGGCGAAGUUGUUGCGCUCAUUACCUGAUCUCGAGAGGCUGUUACAGAAAAUUCACACGAUGGGCCUCAAGUAUCGUGCAGAAUCGCAUCCGGAUAGUCGAGCCGUUAUGUUUGAGGCGAAGAAUUACAGUAAAAGAAAAAUAAAGGAUCUCUUGAGCACCCUGGAUGGCUUCAAAGUUUGCAAUGAUCUCAUCGAAUUCUACGCAAGGAUUACGCAGAGUGGAAACGGAACUCGAUUAUUAGACAGCUGUCUUGGUUCUAACGGAGAUGAUCUCGGAGUUCAUUUGGAACAUUUUGAGAAGCUAUUUAAUCGCAGUGUGGCGGAGAAAGAAGGGCUAAUCGUACCAGAAAAGGGGCAAGACGAAGAGUAUGACGAUGCCUGUCGAGCUGUGAAUGAAGCUAUGUUACAGUUGGACGUGUACAGGAAGCAAACUGAGGAGAAACUUCAUUGCAAAAUAAGUUUCUUCGGAAGUGGGAACAAACGAUUUCAAAUGGAAAUAUCGGAAAACGUCAGCGUUCCACGUUACUUUGAGCUGAAGUCACGCCGAAAGGCAGUGCUGCAGGGUUUCAAACGAUAUUCCACUGAGGAACUCGAAGGACUCAUAGAGGAACUUAGAAAAGCUGAAGCUCGCAAAGAAAUGUUACGUGAAGAUGGAACGCGACGUGUUUUCUCUGAUUUUGACACAAGAAGACAAGUGUGGUCGGAUGUACUUAACCGUAUAGCCCAAGUAGACGUUCUUCUAUCGCUGGCACGGUAUUGUCAAACAUGUGGCCUAGCCCUAUGUCGACCUGAGUUUGUAUGCGAUUCUGAAGAGGUAUGGCUUUUCCGAUUCCUUCAAUUUUCAGGCAUGAUCUUGCUGUCUAUAUUUGUUCUUUUUAAGCCCAUACUAUCCAUAGAAGAAGGUUAUCAUCCUUGUCUGGCGAUAAAGCUGCCCACAAAUGACGCAACAAGCGCGUGCUCAUACAUCGCUAAUGAUUCGCAUCUUGGAGGACGUCAUCCGCCGACUGUUCUGCUCACAGGGCCCAAUAUGGGUGGAAAAUCCACGCUGAUGAGGCAGGUUGCUGUACUGGCAGUGCUGGCGCAUAUGGGCUCAUUCGUGCCAGCAAGAUCUAUGAAGCUGUCUCCAAUAGACCGCAUUUUCACUAGAAUCGGUGCAAAUGAUAGGUUGAUUUGCGGUCAGUCUACGUUUUUCGUUGAGCUGAGAGAGACUCUCGUUAUUUUGCGAAACGCGACGAAGCACUCUCUCGUGCUCAUUGACGAACUCGGAAGGGGAACCAGUACUUUUGACGGCACAGCAAUCGCAUCAGCUGUACUCUCGGAUGUUUCCCGUCGUUUACAGUGCCGAUCAUUCUUCUCUACGCAUUACCAUUCCCUCUGCAAAACUGCAGCAGUCAAUCCCAACAUCGCACUUGCUCACAUGGCCUGCAUGGUGGAAAAUGAGAACGAGGCCAAUCCCACUGAAGAAUGCGUAACUUUCCUCUAUCGCCUGACCGACGGAGUUUGUCCGAAAUCGUACGGGUUUUUCGCAGCUCGACUGGCCGGAGUAAGAGCAGAGGUGGUAAAAGAAGCGUACGAAGCUAGUCGUGUAUUGUUCGACUCAGUGAAUCGCAAGAAGAUGGCGAUCGCGUCAAUCAAGGAAGUCGCACGCGGAGGAGGAUCAGUAGAACAAUUACGAGAGAUGAUCAGCGCUUUAUGA